AUGGAUAUUGUUGAUCAGGAUCUAGAGAAGGCUGAGAUCGAUGCCCGCCAUCCCAGCCAGGCUACAGAGGCUCAAGAUGGACUCAACCUCAGUCCGUCGCGGACCUUAUCAUCUUUGGCCUCAAUCUCGAGCAGUUCAUCGUCAGAAGGGGCCGACGAGCCAAGAAUGGAACGCAUUCAGACAUCCUAUACGCUGGAGAGACACCCAACUGCCCUGAGUCGAAUUGCAACACAACGCAGUCAGCAUAGCGGUACCGUCGGUGCCAGUCUGAGGUCGCGCGCAUCGAAGAAACCUCUACCACCAUUCGGUGCUGGAAAACCUUAUCCGCCACCUUUGCCAGCAAAGGAAGCAUAUGUCGUGGAAUUCGAUGGCCCUGAUGAUCCUUUACACCCGAUGAAUUGGCCUACCAAGAAGAAGGUGUUAACCAGUGUCAUGUUGGCAUACACAACCCUCGUAUCGACAUUCGGAAGCAGCAUCUUCUCUUCUGCCACAACCACCAUUGCGUCGGUCUACCACGUUAAUUCAGAAGUUACAUUGCUCGGUCUAUCGCUAUAUGUUCUCGGCUUUGCAACUGGACCAGUAUGCUGGGCUCCUCUAUCGGAACUUCGUGGUCGAAAACUACCCAUCAUGAUCGGCAUGACUGGGCUGACGAUUUUUGAAUUUGGCGUGGCAACCGGCAAGGACUUGCAGACGGUCCUGAUCUGUCGAUUCUUCGCCGGAUUUUUCGGUGCCUGCCCGAUUGCAGUUGUUGCGGCCGUCUUUUCCGACAUGUUUGACAAUCGGUUCCGUGGGGUAGCCAUCACCGUGUUCUCGAUUACGGUCUUUAUGGGACCGCUUGUUGCGCCUUUCAUUGGCGGAUUCAUCGUUGACAGCUACCUUGGUUGGCGUUGGACCCAGUAUCUAGUUGGUAUCAUGGCUGCGGCAGCUCUUGUUCUCGAUGUGUUUUUCCUCGAUGAGACAUACCCACCUGUUGUUCUCAUCGAAAAGGCCGCAGAACUUCGUCGUCGCACAAGGAACUGGGGCAUUCACGCAAAACAGGAGGAAAUUGAGGUCGAUUUCCGUGAGUUAGUGUCAAAGAACUUCAGUCGUCCCAUCAGGAUCCUCAUCUCGGAGCCCAUCGUUUUGCUGCUGAGUAUCUACAUGGCUUUCGUCUACGGUCUUCUUUAUCUCUUCAUGACCGCCUACCCCAUUGUCUUUCAACAAAUCCACGGUUUCAACAAGGGCGUUGGCGGUUUACCGUACUUCGGAAUGAUUGUUGGCGAGAUGAUCGCCGGUAUCUUCAUCAUCUGUCAGGUACCGGCCUAUAACAAGAAACUAGAGGCCAAUAACAACAUCCCCAUCCCAGAAUGGCGAUUACCACCAGCAAUCAUCGGCGGAUUCUCAUUUGCUGCUGGUCUGUUCUGGUUCGGUUGGUCUGGUUAUAAGGAAUCCAUUCAUUGGAUUGUACCUACUCUGUCGGGACUCUUGACGGGCUUUGGUCUUCUUUCGAUUUUCCUUCAGUGUCUCAACUACCUUGUUGAUGCCUACCUUCUUUUCGCCGCCUCCGCCAUUGCCGCAAACACGUUCCUCCGUUCUCUCGCUGGCGCAGGCUUCCCACUCUUCGGAUCAUACAUGUUCAAAGGCAUGGGCGUCGAAUGGGCCGGAACACUUCUUGGCUGCGUCGCAGCAGUGCUCGUCCCAAUCCCCGUAUUCUUCUACAUGCAAGGUCACAAGAUCCGCGCAAAGAGUAAAUUUGCGCCCACUUUUGCGCCGGAGAGACCUGCCGAUGAAGAUGAGCAGUAAUAUUGUAUACCCCGUUAUUUUCCCACAGCAGAGUUCGAAUGGCUGGGGGGUUUGAGAAAGUCAAUUACAUGCGUACAUACGUAUGUACAUAUAAUUUAUACAUAAUACUUGUGAAUGGAUGUAUAUACUGAUCUAAGUUAACAUUGGACCAAUGUAUAUACACAGGGGAGAGGAUGGUAGUAUAUAUUAAUAGAAUCAAUGGAUGCUUACAUCA